GGAACUUUUAUGAUAAUUAUUCUAUCGUUUAAAAAAAUUGACAAUAGUGGGCCACGGGAUUCAAAAUUGUGAAUUUAGUGGUCCGUGAGAUCAGAGAGGUUGGCGACCGCUGUUCUUGCCAACGUAAAGCCUUGCGCUCUUAUCAAAUCGGUUUCGUUUACAUCAAUUAUAAAUAUUUUUAUUCGAUUAACCUAUUAACUUCAUUCUUGAUAAGUUUGUAUAUACUCGUAGAAGUCGUUCUAACAUCGUUAAGUUUUUUUUAUACUGGACUACUCGGGAACAACGACGAUGAUUUUCCAUUGUGUUCAAAUUGUUCUUUCUCGUAAAUUCUCGCAACUGGGACAGUUUAUUGCAGGACAUCCUUUUAUUUUCUUGUUAAUGCCAAUCUUAAUAACAGCCAUAUUAGCUACAGGAGUUUUAAGGAUUAAAGAGAUUAGAGAUGUCGAUUAUCUAUUUACUGCUACUAACGAGAGAGCCAUUAGGGACAAAAAAAGUAUAGAGAAAAUCUUCACUCUGAAUACUUCAGAAUUCACUGAUCCAGCCAGAAUGUUAAAAAUGGAUAAUUUAAUUAUUAUUACUCCAAAAAGAAGAAAAUAUAUCUUUGAGGAAGAUAUGAUAAAGGAGAUUGAAUUAUUGGAUAAAAUGGUAAAGAACAUCACGGUAAGUUUCCGUGGUAAAAUAUUGAGAUAUUCGGAUUUAUGUGCCAUAAGUAAAGGAAAAUGUUUCGAAAAUACUCCUAUUCGAUUAGUACCAUAUUUCGAUGAAAUUAUUAACGGAAAAUACAAAUUAAAAUAUCCUGCUUACGUACAUCCAUUAACUUAUUCCUAUGAGGAAUACGUAUUCUGUUUUGGAGGAACACUUUUGGAUCACAAAGGAUAUAUUAAAAAUGCAGAAGCUGUGAGACUUAUUUACGUUCUGAAUACUGAUAGAAAUGAGAUGACUGAGGCUCGUCACAAAUGGCAAGAAAAGUUUAACAAAUUAUUAAAAUCUUCGAAAUUUCAAAACAUAACUAUUAACUUUUUAACUUCACAAAACAUAUAUAAUGAUUUAAAAGAUUUAACAGAUCAACUCGUCCCUAAAACACCACUAGCUUUGUCAAUAGUAGUGUUGUUUGCUAUUAUCACUUGUAUGACCAACGAUUGGAUUCGUAGCAAACCCUGGCUUGGACCUUCCGCCUGUGUUUCUGCAAUUUUAGCCAUUGUGAGUGGAUUCGGAUUGGCAUUUUAUAUUGGAAUUCCUUAUGUGGACAUAACUUAUUUAUUGGCAUUUAUCGUAAUGGGCACAGAAAUAGACGAUGCAUUUCUACAAAUAGCAGCUUGGAGAAGGACAAAUCCAAUGGAUUGCAUAGGAAAAAGGCUUGGGGAAGCCUAUUCCGAAACGGCUGUUUCUAUCACAAUAACGUCUCUAACAAGCAUCAUCUCUUUCUGCAUUGGAAUGGCUUCACCUUUUCCAGUUAUUCGUAUAUUUUGCGCAUACGCUGCAAUAACGAUCUAUUUUGCUUAUCUCUAUCAGAUUACUUUCUUCGGUAGUUGUAUGGCAUUGAGUGGAUUUACUGAAAAGAAUGGAAUGAAUUCUCUAAUAUUUUGUCACGUCCAAGAUAAAGAAAAGAGAAAAUUGCCGAAUACAAAUAUCCACGAAGACUUCAUACUAGCAAAAUUUCGUGAUGUUAUUGGAUCUCUACUUACUAACAGAAUAUAUAAAUUCGUGAUAUUAUCAAUAUUUAUAAUUAACGUUUCUAUCGCUGUUUGGGCACUAAAAUAUAUAAAAAUAGGAAACGAACUUUCUGAUGCAUUUUCUGAUAAUUCACAAACUGGAAAGUUUACAAAAAUACUAUACAAACAUUUCCACGCUUACAUCUACCCAGUAAAUGUUAUAAUUGAUACACCACUCGAUUACAAUAACUUUGAAACUAGAAAAGCCAUUAAUGACACCUUAAACAUAUUAGAAAGGCAUGAAAAUAUAGCCAAAUAUGACCAUAGAAUAUCCUGGUUGAAAUAUUAUAGUAAAUUUUCUAAUACUCCAUUUGGAAAAUUUGUAUUUAGAGGUUUUGAUAUGACUAACAAACAAGAUUUCAUAGAUGCACUAAGAAAAGUAUUUCUCAGAUUACCUCAGGCAACACCUUUCAAAACAGAUAUUGUUUUCAAUGAAAAUCAUACAGAAAUCAUAAGUUCAAGAAUUAUUUCGGGUUUAGUAAAUAUUUCAUCUGGAGAACAGGAGGCCAACGUUAUCCAAAGUAUUUAUAAGAUCGUUGAUGAAUUGCCUAUUCCUAUCAAAGUUUAUGGUAUGAACUUCCAUUUAAUAGAACAAGCCUUUCUUAUUAAGAAAGUUAUGUUUCAAGUGGGAUUAAUUACAUCGGCUUUGAUCUUUCUUAUCUUCUUCAUAUUUAUACCAGAUAUAUUUAGUGUAAUCUGUGUUGCAAUUGUUAUUUUUUUUACUAUUUUAGAAACCAUUUCUUACAUGAGUUUAUGGGGUGCAAAAAUAGAUUUAAUUUCGUUAAUGACUUUCAUACUAACUGUAGGAUUUUCUAUAAAUUAUCCAACACAUAUAUCGUAUUCAUUUAUAGUUAGAAAAGAUUUAAAUUCGGAAGAAAGAAUUAAAAAAUGUCUAUACGAGGUUGGUUUACCGAUAUUCCAAGGCGUAUUUACUACCAUUUUAAGUAUUGUAGUGUUUGCAUUUCGACCUUUCUAUUUAACUAUAACUAUUUUUAAAAUUUUAUUUCUUUUAACUAUUCUGACAGGAUUUCAUUCGAUGUUUGUAAUUCCUAUUCUUCUUAGUUUGCUCGAAAAUUGCGGAAAUGUUUUCAAAAUAAAAAAGAAAAUGCAAUUGAAAGGUACAUGAAGCUUUCUAUAUAUAUAUAUAUAUUUUAAUAGUUUAUACAUGCAAAUAUAUUCUAUAUCUUGUAAUUCUGUAUGUCAUUAAUGUAUAUAUAUAUAAAUUAAAAUUACAGUACUGUAGAAGUUCGCUAAUCCGGUAACUAGUAAACGUUGUCGUGAUGCCGGAUUAUUAUCGGACAAUAGGGAUUAUAAAGUGCCGAAUUAACAAAUUUCUAUUGUUUUUAGAAUGUAUUUUAUAAGCUAUAAAAAUUUUAAUAAACUCGAAUAGCCUAUUAUUAUUUUUUCGAACCUUAUUCUAUUCAGAAAUAGAAAUCUAUUGUGAUCGUAAUUGUAAAUUAUAAAUAUUUCUAAAUACACUAUUGUAAAAUUAUUGAGUAACUUAAUUUUUUUGUAUAUUAUAU